GAUUAAAUAUUUCGGUUCGAGCUUGACCAGAAAUGGCGCUACUACCACCAGAUCCGGUUUAUACAAUCAGAAACGUGGACAACGUGCCCGUUUAUUCGCUGGCGUUCAGCUUUUUACCGGGCGGUUUGGAGAGGUUACUAGCCGGCUCGAAAAAUGGCUAUGUUUAUGCAUACAACCUUCAGACAAAUCGAGUCCAGCAAAAAAUCAAAGUUGGUCAAGCUCCUAUUCUGCACAUCAUCCACACCAGCACCCAUCUCGUCACCCAAGAGAAAGGAGGCAAAUAUAAAGUCUUCAGCCUGACCAACAGCGGCUACGAAGACGACGCCACCAUUGAAGUUGACUACCCUGGCUUCUGCCGUUUCGAAACCAACACAAAACUCGAAACACUCUAUGUACCUGACAAAGAAUCAAAAAUAAUCAUCUACAAUUUUUCAGGUGAAAAACUUGGAUGUUUACAACCUGAGAGUGAUAAUCUCAAACUUGGGGAUCCAAUGUGUAUGAAGUUUAUUGAAUUUUCAUGCGACCGGCCCUGCCUGCUGGUAGGCUACGAAGCAGGAUGGCUCCUGCUUUGGGAUCUCAAUACUAGUCAAUGCAUCAGCAAACUGCAAAUUAAGGGAUGUCCUAUGUCUGUGGACUUCCACCUUGAACAACAGAGAGGCAUGAUUGGCAAUGCCUCUGAUGUGAUACAAAUAUUUAGCAUAGGGAGAAAAGACUUAAGCUUGGCUCACAAGUUGGAUGUCGCCAUCAAGAACCCUGGAAUAAAUAAGGUGCAGACACGGCAGGACGGCAAAGUGUUUGCAUCAGGAGGGUGGGAUGGUCAUAUUCGCAUAUUUUCGUGGUUUUCCUUGAGGCCAUUGGUAGUUUUGACAGAGCACAAGCAAGCAGUACAAGACCUUGUUUACUCCAGUGAGAAGGUCACUUUUUGGAAUGCCCACAUUAUGGCAGCAGGAGGCUUGGAUGGUGCCAUCACCCUUUGGGAUCUGUACAACAACAAGCAGUAACUACAGCAUUGUGCUAUUGAAUUGUAGGACAUAGAAGUCUUUAAGGCUAACUACUAAAUGAAGUAUUGUUACACUUUUUCCAAUUUUAAUAGACUAUUUUCAGAAAGAUGUGCCAGAAUUGCCUUUAUUAAGUACCUAAUAAUAUGUUAUACAAAUCCUGAUGCUUUAAAUGAUUUUAAAUGUAUUUUAUUAAAAUGCAAAGUAAUGUAUAAUUUGAAUUGGAUCUCAGUUGUUAGAAACAGUGCCGCGCGACACCCAGCCCUGUGGGCGAGCAGCUAGUAUGUAAGAUAUAACAUGUUGUUACAUAGCAAUGAAUAUUUUCCAUGAAUGAUUUUUAGCGAUGUUUUUGAGUCGAAAC